AUGGCGCUGCCGGUGAUGGUGGGCGUGGUGAUCAUCCUGAUGUUCUUCGCCUGGUGCCCGCUGCUGUGGGCCAAUGUGCCCAAGACGGAGCAGACCGACUACUACCACACGCCGCUCCGAAUGGUGGGGGCGCUGGCGCUCUGGGUGCUGUUUGCCAUCGGCAUCUUCUUGCUCUGGUGGCGCUGCAAGCCCAAAGUGGUCGUUGACGGGCCCACCAAAGUGAUCGUCGACGAGCCCACCGAAGUCAUCGUCGACGAGCCCACCAAAGUGAUUGUCGACGAGCCCACCAAAGUGAUCGUCAACGAGCCUACCAAAGUGAUCGUCGACAACCCCACCAAAGUGAUCGUCGACGAGCCCACCAAAGUGAUCGUCGACGAGCCUACCAAAGUGAUCGUCAACAAGCCCACCAAAGUGAUCGUCGACGAGCCCACCAAAGUGAUCGUCGACGAGCCUACGAAAGUGAUCGUCAACAAGCCCACCAAAGUGAUCGUCGACGAGCCCACCAAAGUGAUCGUCGACGAGCCCACCAAAGUGAUCGUCGACGAGCCCACCAAAGUGAUCAUCGAUGAGCCCACCAAAGUGUCUGCUGGUGAGCCCACCAAAGUGAUCGCCAACGAGCCCACCAAAGUGAUCGUCGACGAGCCUACCAAAGUGAUCGUCAACAAGCCCACCAAAGUGAUCGUCAACAAGCCCACCAAAGUGAUCGUCGACGAGCCCACCAAAGUGAUCGCCGACGAGCCCACCAAAGUGAUCGCCGACGAGCCCGCCAAAGUGAUCGUCGACGAGCCCGCCAAAGUGAUCGUCGACGAGCCCACCAAAGUGAUCGCCGACGAGCCCACCAAAGUGAUCGCCGACGAGCCCACCAAAGUGAUCGCCGACAAGCCCGCGAAAGUGAUCAUUGACGAGCCCACCAAAGUCAUCGUCGACAAGCCCACCAAAGUGAUUGUCGAAGAGCCCACCAAAGUCAUCGUCGACGAGCCCACCAAAGUGAUCGUCAACGAGCCUACCAAAGUGAUUGUCGACAAGCCCACCAAAGUGAUCGUCGACGAGCCCACCAAAGUGAUCAUCGACGAGCCCACCAAAGUGUCUGCUGGUGAGCCCACCAAAGUGAUCGCCAACGAGCCCACCAAAGUGAUCGUCGACGAGCCUACCAAAGUGAUCGUCGACGAGCCCACCAAAGUGAUCGUCGACGAGCCCACCAAAGUGAUCGUCAACGAGCCUACCAAAGUGAUUGUCGACGAGCCCGCCAAAGUGAUUGUCGACGAGCCCACCAAAGUGAUCGUCGACGAGCCCACCAAAGUGAUCGCCGACGAGCCCACCAAAGUGAUCGCCGACGGGCCCGCCAAAGUGAUCGCUGACGAGCCUGCCAAAGUGAUCGCCGACGAGCCCACCAAAGUGAUUGCCGACGAGCCUGCCAAAGUGAUCGCCGACGAGCCCACCAAAGUGAUCGCUGACGAGCCCGCCAAAGUGAUCGCCGACGAGCCCACCAAAGUGAUUGCCGACGAGCCCACCAAAGUGAUUGCCGACGAGACCACCAAAGUGAUCGCCGACGAGCCCACCAAAGUGAUCGCCGACGAGCCCACCAAAGUCAUUGCCGACGAGCCCACCAAAGUGAUCGCCGACGAGCCCACCAAAGUGAUCGCCGACGAGCCCACCAAAGUGAUCGCCGACGAGCCCACCAAAGUGAUCGCCGACGAGCCCACCAAAGUGAUCGCCGACGAGCCCACCAAAGUGAUCGUCGACGAGCCCACCAAAGUGAUCGCCGACGAGCCCACCAAAGUGAUCGCCGACGAGCCCACCAAAGUGAUCGCCGACGAGCCCACCAAAGUGAUCAUCGACGAGCCCACCAAAGUGAUCGUCGACGAGCCCACCAUAGUGAUCGCCGACGAGCCCACCAAAGUGAUUGCCGACGAGCCCACCAAAGUGAUCAUCGACGAGCCCACCAAAGUGAUCGCCGACGAGCCCGCCAAAGUGAUCGUUGACGAGCCCACCAAAGUGAUUGCCGACGAGCCCACCAAAGUAAUCGCCGACGAGCCCACCAAAGUGAUUGCCGACGAGCCCACCAAAGUGAUUGCCGACGAGCCCACCAAAGUGAUCGCCGACGAGCCCACCAAAGUGAUCGCCGACGAGCCCACCAAAGUGAUCGCUGACGAGCCUGCCAAAGUGAUCGCCGACGAGCCCACAGCGCACGCCGCUAUCGAAGCGUGA